AUGGAUGUAACUCACUUUCUUUUUCUUUCAGGUGAACAUAUCGAUGAUAAACCACACAAACGUAAUUCGGUACGCUUAACAAUACGCAAAGUAAUGUAUGCUCCGUCCAAAGCGGGCGAACAACCAUCCAUUGAGGUUAGCAAAGAAUUUAUGAUGAAACCAAAUAAAAUUCAUUUGGAGGCAAGUCUCGACAAGGAACUGUAUCAUCAUGGGGAAAAAAUUUCGGUGAAUGUUCACGUGGCGAACAAUUCGAAUCGUACGGUUAAGAAAAUUAAAGUAUGUGUACGACAAUUUGCCGAUAUCUGCCUAUUUUCGACGGCGCAAUAUAAAUCCGUUGUGGCUGAAACUGAAUCCGAAGAUGGUUGCCAGGUAUUGCCCGGUUUUACAUUAUCAAAAGUAUUCGAGCUGUGUCCACUGCUUGCCAAUAACAAGGACAAGUGGGGCCUGGCACUGGACGGUCAAUUGAAACACGAAGAUACAAAUCUAGCAUCAAGUACACUCAUAACAAAUCCAGCCCAGCGUGAAAGUUUGGGUAUUAUUGUACACUAUAAGGUGAAGGUGAAAUUGCUUAUAAGUGGUCCAUUAAUGGGUGGUGAUUUGGUGGCUGAAUUACCGUUCACUUUGAUGCAUCCCAAACCUGAGGAAGAAGAAAAUCCACUGUUGAGUGACAAAUCACCGCGUCAAAGUAUACGCGGUGAUGCCCAGCUGGUACAGAUCGGUAAUGAUGAUAGCAGCAGCAAUACCGGUGCCAAUAACAACAGUGCAACAGGUGGUGUGCAAGAAGUACCAACCACAAAUCUAAUUCAACUGGACGACGAUGAUGCCCAAGAUGAUGAUAUAAUAUUUGAAGAUUUUGCACGUCUUCGAUUAAAAGGUGCCGAAACGGAGGCCUAAAUGUGUCUGUCCAAACAAACAACAAAGCCAUAUGCCAUUUAUAGUAAUGAAUGAAAACUACGUGUAUUAUCCAUCAUAGAUUCUAUUUCCACAGAACAUUCUCUGUUGCAACAAAGAAAAACAAAUGUUUUUUGAUUUUAAUCAUCAAACACAUGCUGAAAUUGGUGUUAGUAGAUACCCCCAUCCAACAAACUCCAACUUUAGAGAAACUUGAACUUUGUGUUUUCUGCAUAUUUUACAUCACUCUGAUUGGAUAGAUUUUUAUGUUAUAGACAAAAUAUUACUGUAGGCAAAUCGAUUUUUUAAAUAUUCAAUGUGAGCAAACCAUUGUUGGAAAUUCUAGAAAGUAAAUAUUUAAUCAUAGCUAGUAUAUAUGUAUUUGACGAUACUACGAAUCUCAGGGCACAGCAUUUUUGCGAGUUGCAUGAUGUUCGAAAAUAUAAUAAAUAACGUUUUUAUUUUUUGGAAAAACUAUUGAAAUGAUUAAAGGAAAAUUGUCUAUAUAUUUUGUUAUUAAAUGAAAUUUAUGAUCUAGAGGUCAUCUGCAAUUUGUAAAAUACCUUCAGUUGGCUAUUGAAUACCUAGAGGCAAUGUAUUCUCAAUAGGGGAACUUUCGUAAUAGAAGACCCUAAGGAAAGACAACGAAGUAUGAUAUUCCUUGUGGAAUAACUAUAGUUAUUCUUGGAGCUAUUCUAUUUGAGAAGCAUGCUGUUGCAUAUAAGAAAGGUUUACAGCCUUAAAUGAUUGUGUAUUCUACUUCAUAUAUCAGAGUAGAAGACCAAUGAGGCUCCUUCUGUUUUUAGUAGAUUUAAUAGUGUUCUGUGGUCUAUAGAAGACCUGAUGGCAGAUUAUUGUAUACAGAAGAUCAUUAUUUGAUACUGUCUACGUUGUAAUAAAUAUCCUGAUACAGAGUGAUGUAAAAUGUUAUAAAGUCGUUUACACAUGAAGUUUGCCUUCUUUCAAACUUGAUUUUUCUUUUGUAUAGGAACUACAUAAAAAAACUAAAACAGCGAAUGUUUCAAAGUCUAUGUUUUCUUUUUCGUAAACGUCUAAGCUAGAUAAACCUGAGAAAAGCAGAAGGAGACGAAAGAAAUGUUAACAACAUAAAUUAGAAAUUACAUGAUAACACACAAAAGCAUUCGAUGUCCAUGUUGAUGAUCCCCUAGUAGUAUGAACUGUACGUACAUAUGUCACACACAUGCAAUUGAAUUCAAUUAAUUAUUUUAAAUAUUAUAUAAAACAAAUGUAUGUAUAUGAUGUCCUUGUCACCUAGUGUUUAAGUUAUAAUUUAUGCUAUCAAAUCUACAAACCUACCUAUCUAUCUGUCAAUCAACUGUCAACUGCUAUGUUUCAUUUAUGUUUUCAAUACUGUAAAAAAAAAGAAAGGAAUGGAAAAUAUAUAAAUUAUAAACACACUAUAAACAAAAGAUAAUUUAUAAAUUAUGUAAUACGAAAUUAUCUGCCGCUUUUAUGCUGUAUAUUAUAUGUACAUUACAAGAACAACUAUUACUACUAUUGCUACUAUUACUCUUACUACAGAGAGAUGUUUUGUUUGUUAUCUAUGCAAAUAUGCAUAUAUCAUAGCUACAUAAAAUAUACAUAUUCUACUCCCAGAAGAAAAAAAAAACACACACACACAUUAAAUAUACUCGGCAAUACUCUGACAAAAAAAAAAUUAAACUAAAAACGAAAAUAAUAUAAAAAAUUCUACUCUUACCAUAGUUGUAAAAAAUCAUCAUAACAUUUUUAUUUUUUUUGGAAUAAUUAGACCAAAGUAACGAAAAAAUUUUUGUAUAACAUUCAUGUUGAUAUAAAUAAUUUGCUUUCCAAAAUUAUAUCCAAUUGUUGUUACUUUUUAUCUAAAGCAAGGAACUAGUGGAAAUUCACUAACUACCAUACCACCAACCACCAUCAACACCUUACUUAUUGCAUACACCAUUAAAUUUCAAAAUAAAAUACAAAGAGCUUUAAUAAUUAUAUAUAUUUAAUGAGAAGAAGAAAAAACAUAAAACCUACAAAAAUAAUAAAACAAAAUAAACAUAUUAUAUGUUGUAUAUUUUUUCAAAAUUUUAUUUUGUAUAAAAUAACAGCCUUAUUUAUAAUUCUAUUUUAAUGAAAUUCAAACGUCGUAUACUGAAACAUACAUGCAUUUCGGCGCAUUUUCCGGAUAUUUAUUUUAAACGAAACACCAACAAAUACAUACAACAACAACAAAGAAUAAAAACACACAAUAACAUAUAUAUAGAAA